AUGGUUCUCAUUACUGGCUCGAACGGCUCGCUGGCUCUGCCAGCAGUCAAGUACUUGUUGAAGGCGUACUCAUCCUUCAAUCUGGUUCUCACCGUCCGAGACGAUUCUGAAAAAGACGUGAACUCAACAAAACUUCGUCUUCUUGUGGACCAACACCCUGAUGUGCAAGUGUCUAUACGGCAACUCGACCUCUCAUCGCUGGAGAACGUCCGUAUAUUCAGCAAGGCGCUGCUUCUUGAGAUUGAGAGUAAAAAGCUGCCACUCAUCCGCACGAUCAUCUGUAACGCGAUGACCUGGAACCUGGCCGGUGGACCUCAGUAUUCCAAGGAUGGCUACGAAAUGUCGAUUGCUGUAAAUCACCUUGCGCACUUUUCUCUCUCGUGCGAGCUUCUCAGCGCUAUGGAUCCGGUGCAUGGUCGCAUCAUCUUUUCAGGAAGUGGCGCGCAUUGGCCGGAGAAAGCUAGUCUCUCCAAGGGAUAUCCAACUCGACUGCCAGAAAACCUAGAGCUACUGGUUCAUCCCAAAGCAGACGAAGAAGGCGAGGAGAUGGGACGAGGUUUCCAGAGAUAUGCUGUGAGCAAGCUGGUUCCUAUUAUGGUCAUGUACGAACUCAAUCGUCGUCUCAAGACCAAAAGGGACACUGAGUCCAUCAGGGCAAUAGCGGUUGAUCCUCUCGAUCUGAUCAAUUCGCGGGCGUUUCACCAGUCACAUGUCCCACGAAUUAUCCAGAUUGUGACUACAGUUGUGACUUGGAUGCUGCCGUUGCUCAGUUACUUUGACCCUCGGUUGAAGACAGUCGAGCAGGCUGCGAUCCCCUUUGUUGAUGUGGCAGUAUCAGAUAAAUUUGCAGGACAAGAGGGUUACUUUGAAGGAGACACAAAAGUCGAGAGCUCGCCGGACAGCUUGGACAUAAAGAUGCAACAGGCGCUGUGGCGCAAGAGCUUCGAGUGGUGUAGAUUGAACAAGGAAGGUUUGAUGGUUGGCGUAUGA